ACUGCUUCGUAACAAAACCACGAAAUAAAUAGAAAGAUCUCGUCUUUUUUGUUGUAUUUCUUUUAAAGUAGUCGCCACUCCAACCAACGCAUUACUUCGCCAUUUGUGACUUUUAGUAACGAAGUACGGAAACCAUGCAAAGUGCUAAUUGCUUAAAGUGACGUGCAUCCAUCGUACAUCAUUAAACAAGUGCGUAAUGUGCAGUGUUCUCUUCAGUGAACCGUGUUAAAUGAACAGCCAACAUGUUUAGAAGUAGAAGCUCGUGUUAAAUGAACAGCCAACAUGUUUAGAAGUAGAAGCUGGUUCGGGGGAGGCUGGGGCCGCCCCAAGAACCCUCAUUCUCUCGAACGCUUGAAGUAUUUACACAACAUCCUAUGCAAGAAUACGACGGUGUCUGAGAGUAACCGUGGCACCCUAGUGGAGUCUUUGAGGUGUAUAGCCGAGAUAUUGAUAUGGGGUGACCAGAAUGAUAGCUCAGUUUUUGACUUUUUCUUAGAAAAGAACAUGCUCUCUUACUUCCUCAAGAUAAUGAGACAGAAAUGCGGAGGCUCUUCAUAUGUAUGUGUACAACUACUUCAGACAUUAAACAUACUGUUUGAAAACAUACGGAACGAAACAUCACUUUAUUACUUGCUGAGCAAUAACCACGUGAACUCGAUAAUAGUGCAUAAGUUCGACUUCUCCGAUGAGGAGGUGAUGGCAUACUACAUCUCGUUUCUCAAGACGCUCAGCUUCAAACUGAACAGCCACACAAUACACUUCUUCUAUAAUGAGCACACGAAAGACUUCCCUCUGUACACGGAGGCGAUCAAAUUCUUCAACCACUCAGAAUCUAUGGUGAGGAUCGCGGUGAGGACACUGACACUAAACGUGUACAGGGUACAAGAUGCGAGCAUGCUCCGAUUUAUUAGAGAUAGAACUGCGGCGCCAUACUUUAGUAACCUAGUUUGGUUUAUCGGCAAACACAUACUAGAACUGGACGCGUGCGUGCGAAACGACUCGGACCAUCAGUCCCAACAAAAACUGGACGAUUUAGUCGCCGAGCAUUUAGACCACUUACACUACAUCAACGACAUACUCUGUCUCAACAUUCCUGAUCUCAACGAUGUGUUGACUGAACACCUCUUGCAUAAACUUCUUGUGCCUCUAUACAUAUACUCUUUAACUUCUGAUUCUGUAAGACGACCGGUCUCUCGUCAAAACUCAUCACCAUACAACAGAGAUAACCUGCAAACUAUAGAGGUUAUAACAAGAAAUUUAGAGGCUAUCCUUAAAGGUAAAACCACUGAUAUGUCACCAUCUAGAGUGUCUUUUACUAGACAGAGAAUGGAAUCAGAUGAUGAAGUAAAACCAUCUGUGUCCUGUGUAGUAUCACUGUUUCUACUGUCACAAGUGUUUUUAAUAAUCACACACGGUCCCAUAGUACACGCUUUAGCAUGGAUAAUAUUACAAUCAGAUUUAUCAGUAUUCGAAGACGGUGCUACUAAGAUAUUAGAAAUGUAUAUUAGUAACGCUAAAUCCAGCGUCAAGCUAGAGUUUUCAAAGCCGCAACUAAGUUUAGAGAAGGCUUUGGAAAGUUCGGGACAGGAGAGGGAUUACACGACACCGGAGUACAGUGGUCCUAAACUGUUUGGUUAUGACACGGAUCAAUCUAGUUGCGAUUUAGAUCCCGAGUUGGUGUCCACUUCGUUGCCGUCCACGUCGCAUAUAAGUGAAUCUUCCAGCGUCGCCCACGACUCAACGGAAGAUCUGGUCACGCAGAUAGCUUCAAAGUCUUCCAGUGCUAUGAUUUUAGCUAAGAAGAAUAUGCCUGAUUCGCCUUUGCCCGACUCUGGUAUUGAGUCGAGCUCUUCAAAAUCCGGCCCUGAACUGAAUAAUAUAACUGAUGAGGAAAAACAAAAGCUACUCGGUGUUCCUCCUAGCUCUCCUGCGUUACCGUCGACGUCGAUGGAAAAUAUACUUAUUAGAGAGAAUAGAGAGAUUGAGACAAGGCCCUUUUUGAAGACGAUUCUGGAUUCUUUGGACUGUAGUGAGAAUGAUUAUAAGGCGCUAUUCGCGCUAUGUUUGCUGUUUGCGUUGAUAAAUAAUAAAGGCGUAAACACGGAACUCCUUGACACGCUUCUAUGCCCAGAGCAGAACGAAAAUUCAAAUACAACGACAACUUCAAGCGAACAGUCUGUAGAGAGUUCACAAGAUGGCGCCACUUCCACUCCGUCCAAACGUCCAGUGCAGAGCUACAACGCCCUGCUCAUAUCCAAGCUCACGGCUAUCGUCGCACAGAGCUGUAAACCUACUUCAAAAGUCCGGUUAGUAACACUGGAGCUGAGCGUGACGCUGGUCGGCAUCGCGAUGCUGGGCGCGGGCGGGGCGCCGGGCGCGCGGCACGUGGCCGCCGCCGACGGCCUGCGCGCGCGCGCCGCCGCGCUCGCGAGGAAUUUCUACAAGUGCGACGAUAUCUUCCUAGACAUGUUCGAGGACGAGUAUUGCGAGAUGAGCAAGCGACCGUUGAACGUAGAGUGGCUUUGCAUGGAUGCGGCUAUUCUCCUGCCGCCUACUCGCACACCCAUGUCCGGCAUCGCCUUCGCCAAGCGACUACCGAGCGGAGAGAUGGAACGCGCCAGACGCGCCAUUCGCACAUUCUUCCUCAUACGGGACCUGUACCUGAAGCUGACUGGCAAACCAGAAACUCAACUGCCAUUGGCCAACCCCGCUCCUUUCGUGCAAGUUGGAGACGUCUUGGACCUAAAUGACUCCGACCUGAUAUCCUGCGAUAUAAUCCAAAAGGACGGGACGUGGCACCACAGGUUCCUCGCCGUGGACAACAUACAGAUUAUAUUGGUGGAGCCAGAUAAGCAGCGCCUGGGUUGGGGUGUUGCUAAGUUAGUUGGCAGCUUACAGGACUUAGAAAUACAAGGCGACAAAGAAGACCCCCGUUGCCUGCACCUCACCAUACACAAACCGCGAGUGGGCGCCAGUGGAGCGCUUCCUCGCACCGUGCUGCUGCGAGCCAAGUUCAAGUUCGACGACCAUAUACGAAGUAUGGCGGCUAAACAGAGGCUCACCAAGGGCCGAACCAAAUCCCGCCAAAAGAAGAUGCAGCAGAUCGGUCGGCUGCUGGAGGUGGCCGGCAUGGCGGGCGCGGCCGCGCCGGCGCCGCGCCACCGCCCGCUGUUCGCGCGCCCCGGCGUCACCGCCGUGCGCCGCCACGGCAGUGCGGACGGCGACGACAUAGAGCGUCGACUCCGCAGGCCCAGCGGGCAUAUGCUCAAAGACGGCAUCGUCGUUUACCGCGAAAGGACUACAAGCCGAGAAAGUAGUAUAUCGCGUGGCAGCAGCGGCCACGCGUCCCGCGACGGUUCGCCGCGCUCCCGAUCCGAGGAGAUACCUCUUGAAGACAUCAGGAGGAACGCGGUAGCGGCCACUAUUACCGCCCCCGCUACCGUCACUAUGCUGACUCAACCGAGCACAUCUCAAGCCCAGAAACCACUGACUUCCUCCGAAGAGACAUCGUUCAUAUCGGGCGAGCCGCGACCCAAACGCAAGGGAAUCGUCGAAACCAUUUGAUAUUAACCUAAACUGAGGUAUGGUUAGAACUAGCGAGGAUUCAACUAGUGAUCAAAUUAUUUUAUUGUUCCUCUGACCGGCAAAGACGGUAACUGACUUGGUUACAGCCCAAUAUCAACCUUCGUGCUUUCCCACAAGCACGAUAGGCUGUUUAAAGGGUUAAACAAUUAUUAUGAUUAGUUCCCUAGUUGUAUAGAUGGCAGCACCAUCUCUUUCGCCUCGCUAUACCGCAAUCCUGUAAAGAAUUCGUAUAGGAGGUUCAAACUAGGGCUCGCGGUAGCGUCCGGGUUUCGUGUACCCGUCUCCGGGGCCCCGUUCUCGUGUUACACGAAACCGGAUUUCGAUUUACGUCGUGUAAUUAAGAUCCGUGUACCCGUGUUACCCGUGUGUCCGGAUCCACGGAUACAAGGGUCCAGCCCGUUCUCGACGUAUAGUGACGAUCGGACGUGUUCUUUAUAAGAGCGAAGAAUGAAAAGUUCAUAACGAACAUUAACACAUUACCAAUAACAAGCAAUACGAAAAAAAAACAGAACAACAACAACUAGAUCCGGAGCCGAACGCACUACACGGACACGGACUUUGACGGGUUCGUGUAGUUCGGACGCUUAGCACCGCCGGGGAUAAGAACACGGACGCACGGGUUGGCGUGUAGCAUGGAUAUCGGGAACCCUAGUUCAAACACGUCCUGUACGCCUAGCCAUUCAAAGAUUAUGUACUAUCGUGAAAUUUAGACCGGUACCGCCGUGAUCUGGGUGGUCUAGUGGUUAUGACGCCGCGAAUGCAAAAGUUGCUUUUCGGUGAAGGAAAACAUCGUGAGGAAACCGGACUAAUCCCAAUAAGGCCUAGUUUCCCAGAGAAACCCAGAGGUUGGAAGGUCAGAUGGCAGUCGCUUCCGAAAAAACUAGUGCCUAAGUCAAUUCUUGAGAUUAGUUGUCAAGCGGACCCCAGGUUUAUGAGCCGUGGCAAAAUGCCGGGAUAACACGAGGAAAAAGAAUUAGUCCGGCAGUUCUCGACAUCAGUGUGUAACACAAAGUGCUUAUUAUUUCACGCUGUUUUAGGAUAGAGAACGCUAAAUAAAUUAUGUAAAUAAUGCUAUUGUCUGAAUGCCAAGGUUCAAGGGGCUAUCUGACAAUAAAGAGGUACAGUCAGCAGCAGAAGUUGCUAAGCGGGCCAGGUGUUCAAAAUGCAACUUUGUUGUUAAGAGAAUAAGAGCGUGUUUAUGUAAUUUUAGAACAUCUCGCUCGCUUAGCAACUUUUGCUGCUGAUUGUACGAGUAUAUGCCAGUGAACGUUAGUAGAGUAGAUAGAUAUUUGUAACCAAUCUGUUGGAAACAUGGUGCGUGUUUUAAUGAAUUUAAAAGUAUGUUACUCAUAAUUUAAAACGAAACGCGGAGCAUAUGUGUGACUCGGAUAAUAUGAACGAUUCGCUCGGUGCAUGACGGUGGCGCCGCUCUAGUGGGUGAGGUGAG